GCGCAGGGCCCCGCCCGCCCCGGCGGCGCGGUCCCGCCUUGCCCCGUGGCCGGCGGCGCGCGGCCGCUAUAUAAAGCGGGGGGCGGGCGGCGGGGCGGGCCUGAGCGUGUGCGGCACCGAGCUCCAUCCAUUUCAAUGGUGCAGCUUUCCCAAGCCCCUUUCCGCCGCCCAUCGUCACCUUCAGGCCGGUCAGAGGACGGGGAGGAGAAGGGCAUGAAGGCGGCCAAGCAGCAGGUGAACGCGUCGGGGGAGAGCCAGCCUUCCCCCAGCCCCCUGCAGACUGCGCUCAACUCGGCGGCCUCUCCUUCCCAGGCGUACGAGACUUACAUUGAUAAUGGGCUUAUCUGCCUCAAACACAAGAUCAGGAACAUUGAGAAAAAGAAGCUUAAGCUAGAAGACUACAAGGAUCGACUGAAGAAGGGAGAAGCCCUCAAUCAAGACCAGUUGGAGGCAGUAGAGAAAUAUGAUGAAGUAGUACACAACUUAGAAUUUGCCAAGGAGCUUCAGAAGACCUUUUCAGGUCUUAGCCAAGAUCUGCUGAAAGCACAGAGAAAGGCUCAGCGAAGAGAGAGUCUAUUGAAGCUUGAAGCAGAGAAGAAAAAACUGCGUACAAUACUUCAAGUCCAGUAUGUGCUGCAGAACUUCACUCAAGAGCAUGUUCAGAAAGAUUUCAAAGGUGGUGUGAAUGGUGCAAUAUACUUGCCUUCUAAAGAACUCGACUACCUCAUAAGAUUUGCAAAACUGACGUGUCCAGAAAGAAAUGAGAACUUGAGUGUUGAAGAUCAGAUGGAACAAUCAUCUCUUUACUUCUGGGACCUUCUAGAAGGCAGUGAAAAGCCUGUAGUUGGAACAACAUAUAAACAUAUGAAGGACCUGUUAUCCAAACUUCUAGACUCUGGUUACUUUGAAAGUAUUCCUGCUCCUCGCACCACUGUGCCAGUAAAAGAAUUGGAAGAAGAAGUAAAUAGAAAAUCUGAGAGGACAAGACAAAUCUCAAAAGGAGAGUCUGUCAAGGAAACAGAAUCCCUUAUGGAGCUUAUGAAGUCUGAAAUACAGCCACAGGAGUUUCUCAACAGGCGUUAUUUGCCUGAAGCAGAAUACUCUGUCAAGAAGAAGCCAGAAGAGCCCAAGUCUUGGGAAGCUGAGAGUGCUAGAAAACAAGAACCACCAAAGUCCUGGGAAAUGCUCGUUGAUAUUGAAGAGCAGAAACAGAAACAAGAGACCUUAAAGCCUUGGGAAUCUCGUGUUAGGCAGCAGGAAACAAAAAGACCAGAUUCACCAAAGCCUUGGGAAGCUCGUGUUAAAGAAGAAGAACAGAAGCGUGAGCCUACAAAGCCCUGGGAGACCCGUGUUGAAGAAGAACAAAAGAAGCAAGAAGCUCCAAAGGCCUGGGUAGCACGUGUUCGGGAGGAGCAGGAGUCCCCCAGACCUUGGGUAGCAAAGGUUAGGGAAGAGCAGGAACAGAAGAAACAGGAGUCACCUAAGCCAUGGGUAGCAAAAAUUAGGGAAGACCAGGAACAGAAAAAACAAGAGUCACCAAAAGCUUGGGUGACCAAAGCUAAGGAAGAACCAGAACAAAAGCAGGAAUCUCCAAAACCUUGGGUGACCCAAACUAGGGAGGAACCAGAACAAAAGAAGACAGAGCCUGUGAAAUCAUGGGAAAUGCGUGUUAGGGAAGAGCCCGAGCAAAAGAAGCAGGAGCCUGUCAAGGCUUGGGCUGCUGCACAUGUUAGGGAUGAGCCAGAGCAAAAGAAGCAGGAAACUCGUGAGGCUUGGGAAACAGCUGAGAGGCAGCAGCAAGUGUCAUCACAGCAGUUACAGAAUCCUCCGAAGUCCUGGGGAGCUGCAAGUGUUGGGCCAAAGGAGCAGAUGGGGCCAAAGAAGUUUGAUAUGGAACCCAAAGAAAGGCGGGAGCGCAAACAGAAGGUUGAACAUGAAAUUAAAAGAGUGCCUAAACCUGUACAUCAGCCAGCUGCAGAAUUUUGCUCUACUUCAACUCUUCCAAAAGAUCCAGUACUGAGAAGGGAAAAACUUCAAGAUCUGAUGACUCAGAUACAAGGGACUUAUAACUUCAUGCAAGAGUCCAUUCUGGAUUUUGAUAAAGCUUCACCAAGUGCCAUUGGUUCAUCUCAACCACCUUCAGUUACUUCAGCAAGUAGUCCUGUAGUUUCAAAAGAACAGAAACUGCCAAGUCAAAGUGAUUUUCUUCAACAACCCCUUCAGGCUACUGCUUCAUCCAUGACCCUGCAUGGUUCUAAUACUUCACUAGCAUCUGCUGAUCAGACCCUUUCUGGCUCUGAAACUGAAGACUUGGUGACACCACAGACGCCACAGGCAUCAGCAUCACUUUCUCAAGAGACUGAGAAAUAUGCUUCCCAGCCAUUGUAUCAGACAAGUUCGCGUAUUUCUGAGCCACUGAUACCUAAAAAGAUUGAAAUUGCCCAGGCAACUGUUCCCCUCCCAAGUGAGCCACAGUCACCGUUGCCAACUUCGAGCACCUCCGUAACACCGGUACCGCAAGGGCAAAGCUUUCAGUCUCCUCCAGCAAGUAGCAGUUCUGUCACAAUAACAGCAGCUCCCUUUCAGGCUAUGCAGACUGUAUUUAAGGUGAAUGCACCGCUGCCUCCACGUAAAGACCAGGAAAUUAAAGAGGAUUCUUCAUAUUCAGCAGGAUAUAACCAGAGUUUCUCUACAGCGAGUACACAGACUCCUCCUCAAUGCCAGCUGCAGUCUUCUCAUGUUGCAGAACAAACCUCUCUUUCACAAGAAUCUCUGUCUUCAGCAGUGAAUUAUCAACCUGAUGGAGCUGUUCCUGUUAGCAAUGGUAGUCUCGCCUUUUAUCCAGCACAGACUAAUGUUAUACCAAGACCCCCUCAGCCUUACCUUAAUAGUCGUGGGUCUGUCAGAGGAUCUGCUAGAGGUGGAAGGUCACUGGCCAAUUCAUAUCGUUCCCCUGGUGGGUAUAAAGGUUUUGAUGCUUACAGAGGUUCACCCUCCAUAACUAAUGGCAACUAUGGCCAGCUGCAGUUCCCUGGUAGAGAUUAUGCUGGAAUGCCAUAUUCUCAGAGGGAUGUUAACUACCAGCAGUGCUAUAAACGAGGUGGGAUAACUAGUGGUCCUCGAGCAAAUUCAAGAGCAGGGUGGAGUGAUUCCUCUCAGGUGAGCAGUCCAGAACGAGACAACGAAACCUUUAACAGUGGGGACUCUGGGCAGGGAGACUCCCGCAGCAUCACCCCCGUUGAUAUGCCAGUGACAAGCCAAGCUGCCACCAUACUACCAGUGCACGUCUACCCCCUCCCGCAGCAGAUGAGAGUUGCCUUCUCUGCAGCCAGAACAUCUAACUUGGCCCCUGGAACUCUAGACCAGCCAAUUGUGUUUGACCUGCUGCUGAACAACCUUGGAGAAACUUUUGACAUCCAGCUUGGUAGAUUUAAUUGUCCAGUGAAUGGUACUUAUGUCUUCAUCUUCCACAUGCUGAAGCUGGCUGUAAAUGUUCCCCUGUAUGUGAAUCUCAUGAAGAAUGAAGAGGUCCUAGUGUCGGCAUAUGCAAAUGAUGGGGCUCCUGAUCAUGAGACGGCUAGUAAUCAUGCAGUCCUGCAGCUGUUCCAGGGGGAUCAGAUCUGGUUACGUCUGCAUCGGGGAGCCAUCUAUGGAAGUAGCUGGAAAUACUCUACCUUUUCGGGAUACCUCCUUUAUCAAGACUAAAAUCCAGUGCAAUGUUUACAGAAAAGCUGCUCCAAACACCUUGGUGGAGGGGGGGUGGGACUAGCUUUGCACUUACUAUUGACUUCAUAGAAGGUAUGUGGUUCCAUUAUUUGGGGGAAUGAUGGUCAUGUGCAAGGUGAAAUCGUGGAUUUGGGGUACUGAAUCAGCACUAAUUUGGCACUUUAUCAGUUGUGAUGUAGCCUUGCUAGUAAAGCUGUGAAUGUAUAUUGUUUGCACUUACCCUAAACUGUAUUAAUGUCCAGCUUACUACACUAUUGAUUGCCUCAAGUAUGGGCUAUUCACAAUGCCUUGUUGUGCCUCAAUAAAACAAGUUAAUAUGCAUUUUAGUAUUAA